GAUCUCCGGAGGACGCAGCCUUCCAAACGAGAGACAGCUCUGUUCUGUGAGGGAUUUCGAGAAUCUCGUGUUUUCUCGCGUGUUGUCAUUGACGACUGCUGCAGGAUUCAAACAAGCCGUUUGAAGUUGUCUGUGAGAGAAGCGGUUGGGGCGGUUUGUGCUUCAGAAAGUAAACAUUAUCGACUACUUUGUUAACACGAAGCUCAAAAGAUGUCAGAUCUAGAGGAUGAGCUUAAAGCGUUGCGACGGAAGGUGCAGGAGGGCGAAGAGGCUCUUCAGAGAGCUGGACAGUAUGGACUUCAACUCUUGGAUGACAAAAUGGAUCUACACAACAAAUUGGAAGAGCAGCGAAUUGAGAUGUCCAAUGUCAUUGAGGCCGUGGAGCAAGAGAAAUACUCUCUGCAAAGGGAAGUUGAGUUAAAGGGCCGCAUGCUGGAGAGUCUUCGUUCAGAAUUUGACAUUGUCAAAAACCACCUGAAACACCAGCUGGAGCAGCAGCAAACUCUGUUGGAGAGGAGUCAUGCUCUUGAGAUCAGUGACUUAAAGAAUAAGGUGGAUAAAAUGAAGGCAGAAUUAGAGGAAGCUCAACUGGCUGAGAAGCAGAUGAGACAUAAGCUGGACCAGCAAUCUGAAGCACUGAGCAGCAAAACCGAGGAGCUGCGCGUACUUACAGAGCGUGCACAUGAAACCAUGUCCUCCGAGAUCAUGGAGUUGCAAGUGCAGAAGAUGGACAUGGAAUCAGCUAUGGGGACUUUGGAGCAAGAGCUUCAGGAGGUAAGAUACAAAGAAGAGCAGCUGCAUUUGGCCAACACUACCCUCCAGAGGCAACAGGAGAGACUCACAGAGGAGAAGGAAGAGAGAGAGAAAGAGGCUGUGUCCUGCUAUAAUGCUUUGGAGAAAGCUCGUGAAGCAAACCAAGACCUUCAAAUCCAACUGGAACAGGUGUUGCAACAGGCACAAGAUCCCAACAGCAAAGGCAAUUCCUUGUUUUCUGAGGUAGAGGACAAAAGAGCAGAGAUGGAGAGGCAACUGAACAGCAUGAAAAGACAGCACGAGUCUUUACAAAAGCAGCAUACUCUCACCAAACAGCACAUGCACCGUAUGAAGAUGCAGAUAGCCACCCUCAUGCAGCUCCAGGGCAACAGAGCCGACCCAGCCCAGCUUGAACGAUUGCAGUUUAUGUUAUCUGAAAAGAACAAUGAGAUAGAAACCCUGAUGAUGAAAGUAAGAGAGCUGGAGAAAGUGAAGGUGACUGUAACAGAUCAGCAUCCACCUGUUCAGUCUCAAGAAACUGAGCUUGUGGAUGAGACUUACUACACAGACUUAUUAAAAAUGCAACUUUCAAAUUCCAAAAAGGGUUCAGAGAAACUGAAAGAUGAGUUAUCCAUGGCAAGAAUGAAGGCACUUUCUGAAAGUCAGAGAGUGUUGGAGUUGGAGAGGAAACUCUUUGGCGCAGAGCAAGCGCUGAAACAAAGACACAGUGAAAACAUGAAACUCCAAGUCAAGCUUGAAGAACUACAGAUGAAAUACACACCUAAUGAGGUGAAAAAAGCACAAGUACAGAAGCGUCACCGUGAAAAGUUUCCAGUAACCGUUACAGAGGAAAAGUCAGUACUGAGCAAUGAGAAAACUGUGAUGAUGGACACAGAGCCAGCCAAGACCUUGAGUAGAAACACUGAGGAUAAAGCUCUCAGUCAUCCGGUUAAGAAGCCGACUGUGGUCCCAUUACAGCCAGCACAAACCACAGAGCCCAACCCUGUCUUGCCACGUGAGAGCAAGUCUGUCCGAAUCUGUGAGGAUCCCCCAGUCUGCAUUCCUGAUGUACCCAGGUCUCCUUUUAAUAACUGCAAUACCAAGACUGGCGAUCAAACACAUUGCAGUGAUGAGGAGGAGAACUGGAGAGCUGAGAAAAAGAGGAAAAAGUACCAACAACCCACCCACGUUAAUUCGGAAAAAACAAUGGCAAGCGAGUGUGCUCAACAGUAGUGCUGCUAGAGAAAUGCACUUGUUUGAUAGUUUGUUAAAAAUGUUUUGUAAUGUUUUGUCAAGUUUGUUCAGUGUGGAAUUAUACGUCAUAAGGUAAUGUUGAAUAAUAAUUUGUAACAAAAUAUGUCCUCUUUCUGCACAUGUUUUACAGCACAAUUAACACGUUUAUCAGUACUUCUGUAAUGAACUAUUUGAGCCAGUUGAACACUGAAUAAAAAAAUCUGAAUUAGUACAGUCUGGUGAUAAAUGCAUUGAUAUUAACUUGCUCACCAUACAAAUUUACUGAACUUGCGAUAUACUUCUACUUAUGCUGAAUAACUGUAACUGUUGACUAACAUUUGGGAAAUAAGAGAGAGAGCCAUGGUCAUCAGUUUUUGGGUUUUACUUUGAGACACCUUAAAUGAUUGAUAUACAUUAUACAAACCAUUUAUCUGGAUUACAAGGACAGUAUCUGCCAGGAUAGGCCUAGCUUCUGCUACAGCAGUAGUUUGCAAAGCACUUAUGAUAUAUUUCUGCAGCACCAUUUAUCGAUAUUAAUUUUCAGCCAGUUUACAUCAAUUUAAUAAUUUACAUUUUUGCACUUACUGCAGAAAGACAAACUUGGAUGUUGGCUUGAUAAAGCCUUGUCUGAAAGUUUUAAAAAGUAGAUAGAUAGAUAGAGUUGAAGUCAGAAGUUUACACACACAUAGGUUGAAGUCAUUAAAACUAAUUUUUUAACCACUCCACAGAUUUCAUAUUAGCAAACUACAGUUUUGGCAAGUUGUUUAGGACAUCUACUUUGUGCAUGACACGAGUAAUUUUUCCAACAAUUGUUUACAGACAGAUUGUUUCACUUUUAAUUGACUAUCACAAUUCUAGUGGGUCAGAACUUUACAAACACUAAGUUAACUGUGCCUUUAAGCAGCUUGGAAAAUUCCAGAAAAUUAUGUCACGCCUUUAGGCAAUUAUCUUCUGAUAGGCUAAUUGGAGUCAAUUGGAGGUGUACAUGCGGCUGUAUUUUAAGGCCUACCUUCAAAGUCGGUGCCUCUUUGCUUGACAUCAUGGGAAAAUCUAAAGAAAUAAUCCAAGACCUCAGAAAAAAAAUUGUGGACCUCCGCAAGUCUGGUUCCUCCUUGAAAGCAAUUUCCAAAUGCCUGAAGGUACUACGUUCAUCUGUACAAACAAGAGUAAGCAAGUAUAAACACCAUGGGAUCAUGCAGCCAUCAUACCUCUCAACGUAGUUUGGUGCGAAAAGUGCAAAUCAAUACCAGAACAACAGCAAAGGACCUUGUGAAGAUGCUGGAGGAAACAGGUAGACAAGUAUCUAUAUCCACAGUAAAACGAGUCCUGUAUCUACAUAACCUGAAAGGCUGCUCAGCAAGGAAGAAGCCAAUGCUUCAAAACCGGCAUAAAAAAGCCAGACUACGGUUCGAAUGUGCACAUGGGGACAAAGAUCGUACUUUUUGGAGAAAUGUCCUCUGGUCUGAUGAAACAAAAAUUGAACUGUUUGGCCAUAAUGACCAUCAUUAUGUUUGGAGGAAAAAGGGUGAGGCUUUCAAGCCGAAGAACACCAUCCCAACUGUGAAGCAUGGGGGUGGCAGCAUUUGUGGGGGUGCUUUGCUGCAGGAGGAACUGGUGCACUUCACAAAAUAGAUGGCAUCAUGAGGAUGGAAAAUUAUGUGGAUAUAUUGAAGCAGCAUCUCAAGACAUCAGCCAGGAAGUUAAAGGUCUGUCGCAAAUGGGUCUUCCAAAUGGACAAUAACCCCAAGAAACUUCCAAAGUUGUGGCAAAAUAGCUUAAGGACAACAAAGUCAAGGUAUUGGAGAGGCCAUCACAAGCCCUGACCUCAAUCUGAUAGAACUUUUGUUGGCAGAACUGAAAAAGCAUGCACGAGCAAGGAGGCUUACAAACCUGACUGGGUUACACCAGUUCUGUCUGGAGGAAUGUGCCAAAAUUCCAGCAACUUAUUGUGAGAAGCUUGUGGAAGGCUACCCAAAACUUUUGACCUAAGUUAAACAAUUUAAAGGCAAUGCUACCAAAUACUAACAAAGUAUAUGUAAACUUCUGACUCACUGGGAAUAUGAUGAAAGCAAUAAAAGCUGAAAUAAAUAAUUCUCUCUACUAUUAUUCUGACAUUUCACAUUCUUAAAAUAAAGUAGUGAUCCUGACUGACCUAAGACAGGAAAUGUUUUCUAUGAUUAAAUGUAAGGAAUUGUGAAAAACUUAAUAUAAAUGUAUUUGGCUAAGGUGUAUGUAAACUUCUGACUUCAACGAUAGACAGACAGACAGACAGAUAGAUAGACAGAAAUCUUCUCCGUGAAAACCAUAAUUCCGAUCAGUAAGAAAAGACAGCAACUCAAAUCAGAACAGUCUGAAGGUCUGUUAGGUGGAUGUAGCUUGAAAGCUCUAGGUCUAGUAGUUAUAAUUGAUAAUUUUGGUGUUGGUUUAGGGAUUUUGAAAAACCCCUUGAAACAAAAUCUGUAGAACAGUAUGUUGGCUUUGUCAAACCAACAUAAUUAGUAGCUUUUUUUUGUCAAAUGCAUUUAUUGCUUGAUUUACAGGCUAGCAACUAGUUUUUUUUGUCU